AUGGCGGAUGAUAAGGUCACGGACCAGGGACGAAAAGAAGGCAGAGCAGGGAAGGACGGCGGAGAGUCGUCAGGUGUGGUGACAGGAUCUGCAGGGUUCAAAGGGACACAUUCCUCUUUUUCGCUGCUGCUGCUGCUGCUCCCAUCCCAAAGUGUCUCCGGGUGCGGCGUGGGUGCAUGCUUGGCGUUUAUCUUCGAACCUUGA